AUGGCGAGAGAACGACUAAAUGCCAUAGAUGUCGGCGUAGUUGUGGCUAAUUUGAAACGUCUGGCCCUCAACUACAGCCUGGUUAACAUCUACGACAUUACCAACCGCAUUUUCGUGCUCAAAUUCUCAAAGAAUGAAGAAAAGGUCUACGUCCUUAUAGAGAUUGGCUGCAGAAUUCACACUACGCAGUUUUUGAGGUCCUCAGACAGCCUUCCCUCCAACUUUAACGUCAAGCUGAGGAAGCACUUGAGGUCGAGAAAGUUGAGAAAUGUCGCUCAAAUGUCUCAGGAUCGUGUCAUUGACUUUACGUUUAGCUCGGAGGAAUACGCGCAUCAUCUCAUUGUUCAGCUGUUUCUGCCCGGAAAUAUAUAUCUCACAGACGCCAACUAUAAAGUUCUCACAGUGCUAAGUGGAGAAAAGGAUGGUACGUGUACCUGUGGUAGUGGUAUACAAAACCUAAAGGUAAAAAAGGAGACUGAUAUUGAUGGUGUCACAAACUUCACCAAAUAUAUUCAUAAACUUCGGAAUUCCGGUGGAAGAACAUUUACUCUAAAUAGGACACUUGAAGGUGGCGGGAAAAUAGGGGUAACAACAGAAUCAGACACUAAGAUUCAAAAUGUUACGGAGGUAGCAGUAUACUACUGGGAUGGAGUACCUACUAAUCCCAUUCUACUCGGAAUAAAGCAGAAAGAUCAAGAUCCUAAGUACUAUGGCAAACUUGCGGCAAACAAAACUUGGGGUCAUGAUCAAGUUGAUAGUCUGAGUGAACAACAAGCUUUGGAUCACCAAAACUGUCAACACAACAAUGCUAUUCCCAUUGAAUUGACAAAACCAGAAAGUCUCCAACCAUUCCAUCUUGGCAACUCCAAAUCUACAUGUUUAAAUAGCACGUCUAUAACACAACCUAAACAACCUGAUAUUCCACCUGGAGUUCAAAGGGAUUACAAAGUAUACUCCUAUAAGGUAGACAAUAAAAUGAUAUCUAGAUUUUCCUAUAAGAACCAGCCUACUAAAAUUCAUCCGUAUAAAGAAUAUGGACCUACUUUGAAUAUUUAUUACUGGAGAUAUGGGUUGGACAAGGUUCUCUUGGUAGAAGUUAUCACAACCGAUCCCAAUAAUGGAACUACCUAUUAUAAGAAUACUGGUGAUGACAAAUGGAGUACUUCAAUUAAACGAGAUUCUCGAUUCAGACUCUCUGAUGAAGAACUUGAGCAGAAACUAGACUACCUUGUCUGUUCGAACUAUGACGUAGUUACCAUUGACCUUACUAAAAGCUAUUCUGAGACUCAUAAGAAUGGAAGGAGGAUUUAUGUUGAGAAAAUACAAAUCAAAAACGAAUCAAUCUCUAUUGUAUAUUAUAAACACUCCAAUAUCGGUGGUUAUCCACUUUCAGGCAUUAAGUAUUACAAUGAGGACAUUGUAGAGAAGAGUCUUAGUAAUAUAAGACGUAUAACUGCUAAGAGUGAACUGACUUUUCCUCUUCCCAUGAAUGGUAUACGAGCCGUCUACGUUUUCUAUUGCGAAAAGAAGAACCCAUUAUUAAUAUACAUUGAUGGUGGAACCGAUGGUAUUACCGGGUGGUACCAGAGGAAAAGUAGUAAUGAUAAUGGAGAUGAAGAGUGGACACAUGUUUAUAGUGGCUUCAACAUAAGACCAGAGGAGCUAGGCAGGAAUAAUGACUGUGAAAAAUAUAAAGAACUUAUAAGUGUACUGACAGCUGCUGGAUGUAGUAUAUGCCCUAUUCCAUCUGCCGGAACUCAUUCUCUAGACCUUACUACUGGUGAUGUUCCUGAAGGAGGUAAACAAGUUGCCCCUGAACCUUCUCAAGUACAAAGAACUGUUGAUCAACCUCCUGGAACUCAAUGUAGCUCACCUGACCAAGGUGCUACUGCUGUUUCUGCUAGUACUAGUAAACCUGAAGAUGCUCUUUCUGGGGGUAAUAGAGUACAAGUCUCUGCUACUAGUCUAUCUGGUACAGAAGCUAAAGCUGAAAAACGUGAAGUCUCUUCUCAAGGCUCUCCUACUAACCAUACUCCAUAUAUUAUCACAUCUUCUGUUCUUGGUGGAUCUGGCGGUCUUACUGGAGGAAUUUACUAUGCUAAUGGAGAUCCUCUUACUGCUCCAACUAUAAAUGCAGGUGUUAAGAUACAAGUCACCGGGCCUCACACGGAGCAUAUAAUCUACAGGAAGUAUACUCACAAAGCCGUUGGAGGAUCCAGGAUAAGGCCCCUUUCAACAAAGGUCAAUGGUACAAAUAUACCAUUUGAGUCCCCUGUAUAUGGAACAGGGUAUAAUGAGGCUUAUGUAUAUUUUUGGGAGUGGGAUAAAACUUUUAGUAAUCCCCUGCUUGUUCAACUUGGUAGUAGAAACACGUACUACAUCAGUAAUGAUAGAAAAAAAUGGAGUAAAUGGGAUAAGGAAGAUAUAGAUGAGAAUGAUCUCAAGGAAAAACUUGAUAGAGAGAAUUGUGAGAAGAAUAAGGCUCAUAUUAUAAAGAUCUCAGAGAAGAGUAGCAGAGGUUAUAAUUGUCUCAGUUGUGAUAUUCAGCAAGUUACAGUAUCCAACUAUGAUGCUACUGACUAUUCCUACUAUCGUCAUUAUCUUUCUGAUGGAUAUAUUAGCAGAUUCGAGGAUGAUGGAGCGGAACAGACUCUAAUUAACUUUCCAAAGGGUGCUAGCCAAGUCAAUGUAUAUUGGUAUCCUAAGGAUGGAGGGGAGAGUAGGCCACUUUUGAUUUAUCUUCCAUAUUCAUCUAGAUGGUUUAAAAGAGACUCUCUUGGUGGUAGUACCUGGACAUCGGUCUCUACCGGAUCACCCAGUGGUUAUAAUGAUGAGUCAGGAAUACUAAAGCUUUUAAAGGAUAUAUUGCCAACUGUUACUGUAAAUGUUGGAGAUACAAAGGUUGGUGGAGAUGGACAAUCUACUACUUAUGACGAUACUUCUGGAGGUAGCCAAGAGACCAUUAGCCUCAGAAGGGAGGAUGUAAAAGUAGAAGAAAGUACUGGAUAUACUAGUUUUGCUCACUCCGUUCAGGAUAAAGAUUAUUUUAUCCUUGGUGGAGUUAAAUAUGGUGAAGGUACUACUUUCUCUGAGAUAUCAUCUAAUUUCAUUCUUAAAACUGUGACAGCAUACUACUCUGGUACUGAUUUCAAACCUGAGAACCUUAUCCUGGUUGAACUUGAGAAAAGGAAUGGUCCUGAUAGCUAUGUAUAUUAUAGUAGGGAUGACGAAGGAUCUAGUUGGACUCUUCUUCGUGAUCAAACCGGUAAACUAGAUGGUACAAGGCUUACUACUCAACUCAACCAGUUAAAGGAGAAAUCUAAGAGACAGGACGAAGAGGAAACCACUCCUUCUGGAGUUGGUGCUGGACCAGGCUCUGUUACCGAUAGUAUACAGAAGUUUUUUCAGAAGGCACUUACCUUCAUUAAAUCUCACCACGGUGAAAUUAGUGGAGGAGUAUUUGGAACUGGAAUAGGUGGAAGCGCUUUAGGAUUUGGUGGAUAUAAGCUAUUUAUCUCCCUAAUCGCUCGUCUGUAA